UGACAAUUAUCAUUAUACGUGAAAGAUGCUUCAAGCAUUCUAUUUGAAAAACAUCCACUUGUAGAAGAAACAGAAAAUAGUUGUGCUAAAAAGCUACCAUUUUGGUCAUGAUGAUUCCACUGUGCCAAGCGGCGUUUGGAGCUGGAAUUGAUAUUGGAAUUGGCUCGUUCCACUGCUCACCUGUCCGUGUGAGCAGCGUGUGCAUGAGUGGGUGAGGUGAGAGGGAGAGACAGAGACACACAGCGAGAGCGAGAGAGAGGACCCAACUAGUUGGUCGAAUAGCUGCCGGCAGUACCGAAGUUCCUGAGAUCCGAUAUUAGUCGUACUUUGUCACUCGAUCGGUCAGCGCGUCGUCGCAGCCGUCGUCGUCGUCCACUUGCCGCCAAAUCGGAACGCCUGCUGGCUGUGCCUGAGUAUUGGGAUUGGGAUUGGACAUCGCGUCCGGUGCGGCUGAGGAAGGGGAGCAGGCGGCGGAGGAAGCAGCUCCCGCGGCAUUUGCGACCGCGCUCUAUCGAUCCGCCAAUUAGGGAGUGGAAUCCGGCGCUUUCUUCGCUGGACAACGACCAUGUAAAGGUCACAGGUCAAGAACGGAAACUGUAGUACCAAAAAAGAAGAACUCACAGGUCGACUAGUCCUGCUGCAGCAACAUCAACUCAUCCGUGGCGCCCAGUUCAGCAUGUGACCGGAGUGGAGGACCAACCCGCCGGAAAUGCUGAAGCACGCCUCGACGACGAGCAGCACCGCUGCGACCAGCGCCACCAGCGCUGCGGUGGCCAUCAACCCGCUGUCCACUCUGCUGGUGAAUAGCUGCAACAGCAACAGCAGCAGCAGCAACAACCACACAGGAGGCAGUGGCAGUGGCCACAACACACCCCCAGCGGUGGAAGCGGAAGCGGGCAUCGGUAUUGGAAUUGGAAUUGCAACCACCGCAACCGCCGCGACCACAGCAGGCACGGCCGGCACUACCACCAAUGGCAAUGGUGGCUCACCGACCCCAGCAGCAGCUGCUGUGGCCAGCACCGCGCGCAACAUCCACCUGCGACCGCCGCAGCCGUUGAAUAUAUCCGCCCUGAAUGCGUCCGUUUCGAGCACGCUGCUCAACGAGGGCACAGGUGCCAUGGGCGCAGGAGUUGCUGGCGGAGUAGGUGCGGGACGGGGUUGCGUGGGCAAUGCCAAUUCUACGCUGCUAAACAUUGCCACGCCCAGUACGCCGCUCAAGCCGCUCACCCCGCUCACGCAGUUGACGCCCAACGGCCACUUUCUGGGCAACGGGAGUGUGCAUCAUCACACCUACACCAACCAGCACAUCCUGGCCAGCCACCAGCAACAGCAGCAGCAGCAGCAAAAUCACCAGCAGCAGCAACAGCACCACCACCAUUAUCACCACCAACAAACGAACCAUGCGCAAGCGCAAAGCCAGACACACAAUCUCAGCCAGUUGCCGCAGAACUACAGGAACUUCAGCCACCUGAGCACGAAUCCCGUGCGCCACAAGCUGCCCAAGUCGGGCCCAUCACCCCGCGAGGCCCUCACCAGCCUGGGUCUGCUCUGCCUGAUUUCCCUGCUUCUGGCGCUGCUCUCGCUGAUUUUCCUCCUAAGGAUAUCGCCGAAUGGACGCGAGGACGCCGUGGGUCGCGGCGCCGGCGGCGAGGACUUCAUUGUGGUCUACGACGUCACCCUGGCACUGGGCGCCCUCUCCCUGUCGCUGAACCUGUGCUGCCUACUGGUUUGCGCCAUCCAGUUCCUGUUCGCCGUCAAGCUGCGCGAGCCGGCCUUCGAGGGUCGCGAUAACCAGUACCUGGUCAAGUCCAGUGCCAGCCGCACGUGCGCCGUCAGCGGCUUCUUCAUCUCCAUACCGGUCUUCCUUACCGGCCUGAUCCUUUACACCUUUAGCCACUUCCACUCGACGCCGGCGAUCGUGACCAGCCUGCUGAUUGGAGUGGGCAUAGUCUUCUGCGGCGGCGCCAUGGUGCACAACGUGUUCGUGUGGCAGCGCGAGAAGACCAUCAGCUACCGUGGAGCACCGCUGUCCCACAACUUGUCGGUGAUCUCGGCUGGCCAGCUGCCGGCGACGCUGCCUGGGCCCAUGCCACUGCCACCUGGCUCGUUCCACACGUACCAGGCCGCUCAUCAGGGGCACCAGAGCCACCUGGUGCCGCCCUCCGUGACGGCGGUCUCGCCCAAUCACUCCCACGGCAGCUUUAAUCCACUUCUCCUUGGUGGCGGCGGCGGCGGAGCACUGGGUGCCGUUAACUCCUCCUUUCUGGUGCGUCCAGCCACUGCCACACCACCGACGCCCACGCCCAGGACACUGGCGAAUAGCAGCUGCCUAACAGCAGGUCGCGAGGCCAGCGGAUCGGUCAGCCCCGGCAUUCCGCCAACGCUGGACAUGAGCAACAUCACCGUCCUGCUACACGAGCUCUCCACGCUCGUCUAGAUCCGCACAGACUUACAGACGAUAUCCACCGCACGCCCGCAACUCUUGCCGAAUCCUAGCUGUAAGAACGCCCAUUGUAAAUACCUGUACAUACAUAUCGAAUACAUAACGACUCUUUGUAAGCUAAAGAAGCAUUAUCCAACUGCAUCGCCAUUAUCAUGAAGUGUAGUAACCCGUUUGGUGCUCCACCUUAACUUCAGAUCCGAAAGGAUUGAUCGGAGCUCAAUAAUAAUAAUCUUAAUUUCAAAAA